AUUGCUCAGCCACAACCAAGUUUACAGAACCUUGUCCAUUGGUACAUGCAAUUAGACGCAAAAGUAAAGUUACAAGUAGAGCGUGGUAUUAAAGUCACCUCAUGGCCACAUGGAUUCGGGGGAUAUUGAAUGCAAUGUAUCAAGGAUUUAUGGACAGUUUAAGGGGUGGAAUGGUUCUUUUUUAUAUGGACAAGCACAUCAAUCAAAGAGAAUCAAAAAGAAUUUCAACGAGUGCCGAACUUCGUAGGAGAGAAUCGGUUGCUCACCACAGUCCCAGCAAGCAAUCGAAACAACAGAGGGAAUCAAAAAUAUUAAAGCGAAUGGUACAGUGUUGUGCAUUAAAUGGUGGAAUCUUUUGGCUCAGUAUCUUGGUCUUUGAAUAUGGUCUGCUGCCAUUUCUGAAAUACAUCCUCACCAUCAUAUUUGGUCAUUCUUCCGGUGUCGGCACGGUCGUAUGGUCAUGGAUGCGACCCGUUUUAUCAUUCACAUUUGGAACCAUGUGGGUGUUGCCUCUUUUCUUACUGAGUAGGAUAGUCAACAGUUUAUGGUUUCAGGAUAUAGCGGAUAGCGCAUACAGAUACAGACAGGGUAGACCGUUUCUCUUGUCAAGUAUGAGCAAGCUGGUAGCCGAUACAUUUUUUAAUGUAUUGGUUCAGGCAUUGUUUCUCGGUCAGGGAAUGCUAAUAUCGAAGGUGCCGUUACCCCCUGUCGGAGAUAUCCUUGCUCUGUUGCACAUGUGUCUUCUUUAUGCUCUCUAUGCGUUUGAAUAUAAAUGGUUCAACAUGGGAUGGGAACUGCACAGGCGAUUGACUUUCAUUGAGGGCAAUUGGCCUUAUUUUAUUGGAUUCGGCAUGCCACUUGCUGUACUCACGCAACUGCCCGAUUCCUAUGUUAUAAGUGGAUGUGUCUUUUCGAUAUUGUUUCCACUGUUCAUUGUCAGUGGCAACGAGGCGGAACCAAUCACCGGAGUGUGUGACUGCCCACUCAAGUUAUUUUCUCCAGUUAUCGUGAUUGCGAAUACGCUUUUCAAUAAGACCAUCGGCCCCGUUCACAGAAGAUGACACGGGGGAUUGGCGGAAGUUACGAUUACGAGAUGCCACCACAAAAGUUAAUAGCUCGGUGCUGCUUCAAAUGUCUUACGAGUACAUUAACGCAUUAUCCUACGACAAGAUUUUGUAUGUUUUACAGCAUGGUUUGACCUUUCGAUUAAAUCACCAUAUUGUUGAGAAAGUCA